AUGAUGCGGCGGCUUCUCAAUGUGGUGGUGAAGAAUACUUCCACAGGCGUCCAUUCGGUGCGGCGAAUCGACCCGUACAAGCAUCUCUUCUACGAAUCGGGAGGUGAGCCAGCAGCAUCGAUCGCGAACAAGACCAAGGAUUGUGCUCUGGAAAUGCAGACCCUUUCUCUUCCCGAGCCAGCGGUGAGCUUCUCCCCAUCCCCCACCACUCUGCCUAACAUGGGCGGCAUGGAUUUGUUCGCGCUCCUCGGCAGCCGCGGCAGCGAAGGCAGGAUCGUAGGCGCAAACGUGGCCGGCGAAAGCAUGCUGUACGAUGCCGACGAGCGUCUCUUCCUUCAUCUGCCCUGGAUCAACGAGCCCAAGGGGUGGAACCCCGUGUGUCUCUCCAUCCCCAUACCCGGCGCCGCCGAGAACAGCCUCUACGUCAUGGAGAGGUACCUCGGGCAGUCUAUGGAUGCAUAUGGCUCCAGCGAGGACUACACUGUUUCCUGCUUCGAGGUCCUUGAGCACGGGCCUAGGACCGGCGGUCAAGAAGUGCGCGAAAUGCAUAGAGGCUGGCGCUGGCGGGUUCUUCGGCCGCCUCCAUUCGUCCUCGAACCAGACUACCAACCCUCCGUCAUCGCCUCCUACACAAGCAUGGUUAACAAGACCAACAGGUGCUCCACCAUCUAUAUGUCAUUUGAGGACACGCGCACUGGCACCUAUUCCUUUGACACAUCGAGGAACGUGGAGCAAUGGAUGCACGUCGGCGAGUGGACUCUGCCCUUUCAUGGGGAAGCCAAGUACAUCCCUGAGUUCAACCUAUGGUUCGGCUUCUCGGCAGACGGCCAUAAACACUUGUGCGCUCUGGACCUUUCUGCCAUGGAGGACAAACAACCACCACCCAUUCUGCAGCACUUUGAGGAUCCGAACCCACCCGAGGAAGAGGGCUGGUGUGCAACGUCUUGUGAACUGGUAUACCUUGGCGAUGGCAAGUUUUGUGUUGCCAAGACUAUUGAGGUCGAUGAAACAUCUGAUGAGGAGUUUGCGGUGCUCACUGGCGUACAGAUUUUGCGCGGCGAUGACAAUGGCCUCCGCAUGAUCAAGCACAAGUCCACAUGUUACUCUUUUGUCAAGGACGUGAUCAACUGGGUACUUUGA